AUGACUGCACGUUUUUGCGACAUUAUAGUUCAGUGGUUGAACGCAAAUGUACCGUUAGCGAAGCGCCCGAAUGAUCCUGCUUGGUGCACGCGUCGGUUGCGUAAUCUGAAACGAUCUCGUAACAAUGCUCAGCGAAAAUAUCGUCGUUUGAAAACGCUGAUAACAAAACGUAAUUUUGAAAGCGCCAGUGACGAAUACCGCCGCCUAAAUAGUGAUUUGUACAAAUCGUACGUCCUACGGGUGCAGACGGACCUACGAAGGAACCCCAGAAAUUUUUGGAAUUUCGUCAACUUAAAAAGGAAAAGUUCAUCGAUACCUAUAAAUGUCCGUUCAGACGAAUCGACUUCGACUUCAGAAUCUGAUUCUUGUGAGCUCUUCGCAAAAUUUUUCGCCUCCGUGUUUGCUGACAGAGUUGCCUCCGAUUCUGAUGCAGACAUUGCGGCGGCUGCCGUUCCGGCCGGUUUAACUGACUUGACUACAUUCGAAAUUACCACCGACAUGAUACUGGGCGCAGCAAAGAAACUUAAGCGUUCUUAUACUCCAGGACCCGAUGGUAUACCCGCCAUAAUUAUUAGUCGAUGUGCCAAUGUGCUGGCAAAUCCACUUCGCUGUAUCCUCAACAAAUCGUUCGAACAACGGAAAUUUCCCGAUGUUUGGAAACAGUCGUUUAUGUUUCCAGUGCUGAAAUCUGGUGAUCGACAAAAUGUAAGGAAUUAUCGUGGUAUCACUAGUCUUUCGGCUGGAUCGAAACUGUUCGAAAUUCUAGUUAGCGACGUUAUGCUUCACUGUACAAAGAAUUACAUUUCCACCUAG